AUGCCUAGCCUUGUUUUACCUCAAUUAUUUGAUUAUCCUCUUACCAGUUCAAAUAUUGUUCUAACGAAAAAAAAUACAUCAAUCCCUCAUAUUCCUCCUGAAAUUAUUCGUAUUAUUCUUGAUUUAUUAAGGGAUGAUAAGAAAACUUUAGCAGCUUGUGCUUUAGUUAAUCGUACUUUUAACCUUCAUGCUACUCCAAUUUUAUAUCAUAGCGUCGCAUUUACUUUUCCUCACACGUUUACGCAUUUCGUAAAUGCCAUGAACGAUAUUAAAAAACGUUGCUCUCAAAUAAUUUAUCACUUGGAUCUUUCCACUUUUUCUACCUACGGUCUACAAAAAAGUUCUUUUGAAACUCAAAAGGUCGUCACUCCUGAAUUAUUAAUUCAUAUUCUAAGAUCUUUUCCCGAAUUAAAAACUUUUUCCAUAUCUGAAUCUUUAGAAUCUGUAAUUACCAUUGAUGUUUUAAAAGUCUUGUUUUUAGAAUGUAAAAGCAUCAAAACAAUCGAUUUUUGCGGAUGCACUAGUAAACAAUUUAGCAAUGUCCUAGUAGAAUUCUCUCGCCUAAUUGGUAACGUUGAAAUAGAACAAUCUUGCAAUGAUUAUGAGACAAUAGUGUCUUACCAUAUGACUAGUAAACCUUUACUAUCUCAUUUACAAACACUUUCAUUCCAUGAAUGUCAUUAUCCUGCAUCACAAAAUCGAUUUCAAAAUUUAUCUUCCAGAUAUAAGAAACAUUUUUGCAAAAAUUAUCAUCCCAAAAUGCUCUUGACCACUUUGCUUGACCCCGUUCCCAUUUUCCCUAUCCGUCUCAAAUAUACCACAGGUUCUAUCUAUGUAGCAAAUGUGACUGUACAUACUACCGGAGAAGUAUUGUUGAAGAAUUUUCAUAAUUGCAUCGGAUCUUAUAGAAGUAAUCCUUGUAAACUUGUGUACCAUGGCAAGGAUAUACAGCUUACCGAUACACUUGAAAAGCUGGGAAUCAAGUUUGCGUCUGCAGAAACUAAAGCAAGAAGUUCAAUGCUAAUCUACUUGAAAACAUCUACCGAAAGAAUGGAAUUAAAGGUACAUUGGAGCGAUACGAUUACUCAGAUUGAAGAGAUGAUCCAUAAUCUAAAAGGCAUUCCCGCUUACGAACAGCGUAUUACUUUUAAUGGCAUUGAAUUAAGUUCUUAUUAUACCUUAUCAUAUUACAACAUUCAAAAAGAAUCCACAUUGCUUCUGGAAUCUAGAAAAAUUAUUAUUUAUGUUAAAACAAAAACUGGAGAUAUCAUAGAGCUUAAUCUAAUGCCUAAUGACUCUAUUCACAGUAUAAAAUUAAUGAUACAGGAUAAAAAAAAUAUUCCCCUUAUCCAACAACGGAUUAAUUUUGAUGGAAAAGAAUUAAUCGAUUUUAGUACCCUUUCAUGUAACGAAAUCCAAAAAGGAUCUAUACUUGAUCUAGAAAUUAAAUCAAUGAUUAUAAAAAUCUAUGUGAAAGUAAAGAAUGAAAAGACUAUAGAGUUAAAAGCAAGAAGAGAUCAUACAAUUAAAGAAGUUAAACAAAUGAUCCAGGACAAAGAAGGCAUACCCUCUGAACAGCAAUAUCUUGUUUUUAAUAAUCAAUUGUAUGAUGAUGAUCAAUCCUUGUCAUAUUACAAAAUCGAUGAAGGGUCUACAUUGAACUUAGAAUAUGAAGCAAUAAUGAUUUAUGUAAAAUUAAUGGAUGAAAAAAUCCUAAAAUUUGAAGUGAAUAGAAAUUGCACCAUCAAACAGAUUAUGCGUAUGAUCCAAGAUAAAGAAAGUAUUCCCCCUUAUAAAUUAAUUUAUUUUACUGUUGAUGAUGGAAAAAUUAUACAUUGCUAUGACACUUCAGCCUCAUGGAGCACCUUUAUAACUUUAGCAUGUUAUGGGGUUAAAAAUGAGUCCACACUUAGUCUAAUGCAAUAUAAACCAUAUUGUUGUCCAAUAAUCGUGAAAAAUCUAACCGGAAAAGGAAUAUAUCUGGAUGUAGAAUCGAGCGAUACCAUUAACAAAGUUAAAAUAAAGAUCCAGGACAAGGAAGGAAUCCCUCCUGAUCAACAACGUCUCAUUUUUGCUGGCAGGCAAUUAGAAGAUGGACGUACCUUAUCGGAUUAUCAAAUUCAAAAAGAAUCUACCCUUCAUCUCGUACUUAGACUACGUGGCGGAAUGCUUCAAGAAACCAGCGGUCGUAAAGAAUUUGAUGCGUUGCCAUCACUCGCUCAAUAUAUGCUAACGCCUGAAGAACGUCUACAAAAUGGUAUUCAUGCUGGUAUUAUCUGUAAUUAUUGCAGCGAACGUGAAUGGAAAGGGGCAAGAAGAUUUUCUCCUGAAAUGCAAAAAAAAUAUUAUGAUGUUGGGAGCGAUCCUACAUCCAACAAGGAUUGGAUGGAUGUCACUGAUCAGAUGCAGCAUGAGUUGGUUCGAGAGUUUGGAUAUUCAGAUGAAGCAGUGCAAUUGUUGCGACGUGCACCACAGCUUUACCCAGAUGAUCCUGAGUUUUGUACCACUCAAGUAUAUGUUCGCAAUAAUAUCGCUAACAUUGGGAAUCUCACUGAAGGGAUGCCGGCACCUGAUUGCCCGUUGGUUCCAUUAGAUUCUUCAAUUUUUACAUCAGCAAUUGAUAACAACAAUGCUGAUUUAUCAACUUUGGUUAAUUUACGUUCACUUUGUAAAUCAGGACGGCCUCUUGUUCUUCUUGGUGGAUCAUAUACUUGUCCUUUAUACCGGUAUAUAUCUCAUGUACUCAAUGAUAUAUAUAUUCGAUAUAAAGCACGUGUAGAUUUUUAUAUGAUUCAAAUUAAAGAGGCACAUGCUUCUGAUGUUUGGCCUAUUGGCAACAUUGUAGAUGUCAAGGAACAUCGCACAUUAUCUGACCGUUUAGCUGCUGCACGUGAGAUGGUUAAAAAAACUCAGUUGGAAAUUCCUGUACUAGCAGACACAAUGGAGGAUACUUUCUUGAAAUUGUAUUCACCAUGGCCAUUCCGUUUUUUUGUUGUUGUAGAUGGUAUUUUAAGACUUGUUGGAAUGCCAAAAGAAGCGCGUUAUGACACAACAGAUUUAGUCGAAUGUUUGAAUGAUCUUUUAUGUAGUAAAAAAGAUUAG